AUGCCAAACUCGUUUAUGUUUGAUGAUGGCUUAAUCAAUCAAAUUAAAGCGAUUCAAUAUCAAAUAGUUACAGUCGAAAAUUUAAUUAAUAAUCGAUUGAAAAAUGAAACGAAGAAUCAAAAUCAAUUAAAAUUUCAUUCACUAACAUUUCUUGAUCCGUAUGGUAAUGAAAUAGUUAAUAAACGUAUGGAUCAUGAAUUGAUCAAUAAAACGGUCAAAAUAUAUAAGAAAGAUUAUGUACCGAAAUAUUUGCAACGAUGGAUACAAAUUGGCAAGAUAGAUCAUGGUCAUAUUUCAUCAAUAGAGGAAUCUGAGUCAAUAUGGGCUAUGUCUAAAUGUAUAAGUAGUGAUCAACUUAUUGCGUAUGGAGAAGUGUCUGUAUGGUUGGGAAGUUACGAUAAUUCAACUUUUAAUAAAUAUGUACUAAAAGUUGUAUUAAUGGAUAAUAUGGACAAAAUCAAAAGACAAAUAGCUAACCUUGAACGCUUUACGUUUAUGGAGCUAAAAUCAUGUAUAUUAGAUCAUCAUGACGAAUUAAACGAAAGAGAUUGGAAUGAAGGUAAAGUACUUAAAUGGGAAGAUACAAUUAUGUCAAGUGGAUUAUAUCAAGAAAAUUGUGUUUUAGUAGCAAAAAUCAGGAAUGAAAAGGUAACGUGCCACACCAUUAUUGUACAUAAAUAG